AGGACUCCGUAUCAAGGUUAACUGAAAAGUCUUGUAGAAGAUCUGGAAGAAAUAAGUAUUAAGUCAUGAUGCAGGAAUCUGCGACAGAGACAAUAAGCAACAGUUCAAUGAAUCAAAAUGGAAUGAGCACUCUAAGCAGCCAAUUAGAUGCUGGCAGCAGAGAUGGAAGAUCAAGUGGGGACACCAGUUCUGAAGUAAGCACAGUAGAACUGCUGCAUCUGCAACAACAGCAGGCUCUCCAAGCAGCAAGACAACUUCUCUUACAGCAGCAAACAAGUGGAUUGAAAUCUCCUAAGAGCAGUGAUAAACAGAGACCACUGCAGGAAUUGCUUCCAGAAACAAAAUUAUGUGUCUGUGGCCACUCUUCUGGUGAUGGGCAUCCUCACAACACAUUUGCAGUGCCUGUGUCGGUGGCCAUGAUGACCCCCCAGGUGAUCACCCCUCAGCAAAUGCAGCAGAUUCUUCAGCAGCAAGUCCUGUCUCCUCAGCAGCUCCAAGCCCUUCUCCAGCAGCAGCAGGCGGUCAUGCUGCAGCAGCAACAACUACAAGAGUUUUACAAGAAACAGCAAGAGCAGUUACAUCUUCAGCUUUUGCAGCAGCAGCAACAGCAGCAGCAGCAGCAGCAGCAGCAGCAACAGCAGCAGCAGCAGCAGCAGCAACAGCAGCAGCAGCCGCCGCCGCCGCCGCCGCCGCCCCAUCCUGGCAAGCAGGCGAAAGAGCAGCAGCAGCAGCAGCAGCAGCAGUUGGCCGCCCAGCAGCUUGUCUUCCAGCAGCAGCUUCUCCAGAUGCAACAACUCCAGCAGCAGCAACAUCUGCUCAGCCUUCAGCGUCAGGGACUCAUCUCCAUCCCACCUGGCCAGGCGGCACUUCCUGUCCAGUCGCUGCCUCAAGCUGGCUUAAGUCCUGCUGAGAUUCAGCAGUUAUGGAAAGAAGUGACUGGAGUUCACAGUAUGGAAGACAAUGGCAUUAAACAUGGAGGGCUAGACCUCACUACUAACAAUUCCUCCUCGACUACCUCCUCCACCACUUCCAAAGCAUCACCACCAAUAACCCAUCAUUCCAUAGUGAAUGGACAGUCUUCAGUUCUAAGUGCAAGGCGGGACAGCUCGUCACACGAGGAGACUGGGGCUUCUCACACUCUGUACGGCCACGGAGUUUGCAAAUGGCCAGGCUGUGAAAGCAUUUGUGAAGAUUUUGGACAGUUUUUAAAGCACCUUAACAAUGAACAUGCUCUGGACGACCGAAGCACUGCCCAGUGUCGAGUGCAAAUGCAGGUGGUCCAACAGUUAGAAAUACAGCUUUCUAAAGAACGCGAACGUCUUCAAGCAAUGAUGACCCACUUGCACAUGCGACCCUCAGAGCCCAAACCAUCUCCCAAACCUCUAAAUCUGGUGUCUAGUGUCACCAUGUCGAAGAACAUGUUGGAGACAUCCCCACAGAGCUUACCUCAAACCCCUACCACACCAACGGCCCCAGUCACCCCGAUUACCCAGGGACCCUCAGUAAUCACCCCAGCCAGUGUGCCCAAUGUGGGAGCCAUACGAAGGCGACAUUCAGACAAAUACAACAUUCCCAUGUCAUCAGAGAUUGCCCCAAACUACGAAUUUUAUAAAAAUGCAGAUGUCAGACCUCCAUUUACUUAUGCAACUCUCAUAAGGCAGGCUAUCAUGGAGUCAUCUGACAGGCAGUUAACACUUAAUGAAAUUUACAGCUGGUUUACACGGACAUUUGCUUACUUCAGGCGUAAUGCAGCAACUUGGAAGAAUGCAGUACGUCAUAAUCUUAGCCUGCACAAGUGUUUUGUUCGAGUAGAAAACGUUAAAGGGGCAGUAUGGACUGUGGAUGAAGUAGAGUACCAGAAGCGAAGGUCACAAAAGAUAACAGGAAGCCCAACCUUAGUAAAAAAUAUACCCACCAGUUUAGGCUAUGGAGCAGCUCUUAAUGCCAGUUUGCAGGCUGCCUUGGCAGAGAGCAGCUUGCCUUUGCUUAGUAACCCGGGACUGAUCAACAACGCAUCCAGUGGCCUGCUGCAGGCCGUCCACGAAGACCUCAAUGGCUCCCUGGAUCACAUCGACAGCAACGGGAACAGCAGUCCGGGCUGCUCGCCGCAGCCGCACAUACAUUCAAUCCACGUCAAGGAAGAACCAGUGAUUGCAGAGGAUGAAGACUGCCCAAUGUCCUUAGUGACAACAGCUAAUCACAGUCCAGAAUUAGAAGAUGACAGAGAGAUUGAAGAAGAGCCUUUAUCUGAAGAUCUAGAAUGAGAACUGACUUGUGAAACCUCAGCGUGAAGGGACAUAUCACUGACCUUCAUAACCACUCCACAACCAUGAAUAUUUGACAAAUUUUUACUGUGACUAUUUAUUAAGCAUGGAUAAAGGAGACAGCCCUAAAGGAACUUACUAAGCCAGCCCUUUGGGAUUCAGUACCAACAGGCAAAUUGCUUGUUUUCUUCCCUUCCUCUCUCUCUCUCUU